AAUAACCCAGUGAGGUAAGUGCCUGAGGCAUCCUGGGAUGAGUUUGGUACAGACUGUUCCCUCUCUGCUGAGGAGUGUCAGACUGACGUGUGGAAGCAUCUCAGCUCCAGCGUGGGGCAAACCACUCGACCAUCCACACCAGCUCCAAAACCCAGUCAGACAGGAGACACAAGUAAGGACUGAGAUGAUGAUGAUGAUGAUGCAGGCAGGCCAUGGUGAUAUGACUAAGAAGAGGAUGCUGCAGGCUAAGGCUCUGUCCAAGGAGGCCAGAGGAGCACCUCCAUUUGUUGUGCCAGGGGGUCUGAAUCUGGGGAAGAAGAUGAGCGUUCCAAAAGACUUGAUGAUGGAGGAGCUCAACCUUCCAUCUAAUAGGGGCUCUCGCAUGUUUCAGGAGAGACAGAAGAGAGUCGAGAGGUUCACACUGGAGAACACUGCCAAUGGGGCUAACACCAACAAUGCGCAUCCAGAGGCUGUUCCUCCCCGGCAGGUCAUCCCAGAGCCACAGGGGGGAAAAGAGAACCAGGCUUUCUCCAUGACUGGUAAGCAUAGCCUGGUCAUGAACCUUCAGAAGACUGUAUCAAAGAAAGGCUGUCCGGACGUCCUGGCUCCAGGAUAUUCUGGCCCCCUGAAGAACAUUCCUCAUGAGAAAUUCAACACAACAGUAAUCCCCAAGUCGUACUGUUCCCCAUGGACAGAAGCUUUGGGAGGCAGUGAAGUGGUCCUCAGUAUCCAGCCACCUCAACUUCCACAAAGACUACAGCCUGCCAACUACAGGUGCUUCAACAGAUCUGCCAUGCCAUUUGGGGGACCUAUGGCCAGCCAGAGGGCAAUCCCAGUGAUUAGCUUUGAGGCAGUGGAGUCCAGGAAUCUGCCCAGCAUCCAUCAGGACCUUAUGUGUCGGCGGCCCAACUUCAACAGAGCACCCAGGGGAUGGGGAAUUGAUUACUGCCCUGAAUCUAACGAACUAUGAAAAAAAGGGCUGAUCUGCUAAAGACUAAAGCAUUGACCUAUGCUUGCUCCUCUCCUUCCUCUCUCCACUGAGCAACGGGCACGGCGGGAGAGAAGAAAGAAAACAAUCCUGCAUGAUAUAUAAAGUGGUUUGCUACUGCUGAGUGGUUUGAUCUGCAAGUCACGAGUGUCGGAAUCAGUUUAUUACCACAGCA